AUGGCAAGACCAAGUACCGCUGACGGACGUCAGCAUGGCAAGAGCGCCAGCAACGACAAUGUGGGAGAGCCCAGUCGCUGCUUGACCGUUAACCUCGAAGAACUGAAGCUUGGAGAUGUUCCUGAAGGACCACUCAAUAAGGAUGAAUUCCUUGAGCUUUGCAGAAGCGACCCUGGAAGCCUGUUUGAAGAUUUAUUCCAACACCUCUCCAUACAGGAGAAACGACUAGAAGAGGCUUUCGCUGAGUCUAGCAACAACGACACAGAGGAAAUCGACUCUAUGAGAGAGGAGAUUCAGAACCUCAAGAGCAACCUGGCCGACCAUCGCCAGGCUAUAUCUGAACUGAUCACAGAGCGUGAUGCCGCAAUCGCCAAUACCUCUCUAGCCGGGGGAGACCACAAGAAGAAAACCACUAAGCUACCAGAUGGCCAGCUGCUAUCAGAUGGAAUUGAUCCCAAGUACGAAUUAUGGGAGAUCGAUAUUAAGAAUAAGUUGGAAGCCAACGCUGACCAUUACCCAAUAGCCCUGGCCCGUAUGGCGUACGUGAAGGGAAUGUGUAAGGGAGAAGCGGCCAACCACUUGCUCCUAUGA